UGAUACCAGGCUGUGUUGGUUAGGAUGAGCUCGUUUUUCCUUCCUUCUCUGAAACUAGUUGAGUGUCCACUUUUCAAACUUGAUCGUGCGGAAAUAGCAGAGUGCCUUUCGACAAACAGUUACAAAACUAUGUCUCUUGACAAGGGGAAAAUCACUUUACAGUGGUGCUGAGGCGAUGUUUUUCCUAGACCAGUGCAUUAUGAGCCUGUGUAUUUUUCUGACCAAUUUUCAUACAGAAUAUAAGAGAAAGAAAUCAGUAUGAUCAUCUUCCUGUUUUUCGUUUUGCUGAAUAAUUUUCAAAGCUUACUAACGUUUUAUACAACCAUAGAAACAAGUCAUCCGUCGUCGGAUUUUCGCAAAAUUGUAAUUGACACCACAAGUGGUACCACAUAUGUAGGUGGGAAAAAUAUAGUCUUAAAACUGAACUCAACUUUUCAAACAACCGCCGAGUUUGUUUUUGGUCCAAAGAAAAGCAGCAAAUUCUGCAGUCCAUCUGAGAUCAAGACGUGUCCAAAUGUGACUCUUCAAGACAACGUGGUAGAAUUAUUAGAGUAUGUACCAGCUUUGAACAAGACAAUAGUGUGUGGUUCACUGGAGUACGGACAUUGUAGUCUUCUGAACGGUAGUGGAAUUCAGCCUUUAUCUUUUAAAGAAGGCAAUUUUUUCGGAAGUGAUCAAGGGUCUAUUUUCAUACCAAUUCAUAGAGAAAAUUCAUGGGUGUAUAUGGUUGGAACUGCAUGGGAUGGAAGAAUUGAUAAAGUACAAGACGAGUUUUCGUUCAAAAAGCUGGAGGAUUCGGAAUUUUCUUACGAAUCGUAUUACUCGCAUCUUGGUGUUUGCAAAGAAAAACGAUCUCACUCAAGACUAAAAUUCGUUUACGGAUUUCAAGACGGAAAUGAGUUUGUGUACACGGUGUAUUUGAAGGUCAGAAAAGAUAAAGGAAGAGAUUAUUUUGAGACAAAAAUAGCAAGAAUAUGUCAAAACGAUAACUAUAUGGGUUCAUUUAACGAAUUGAAAUUAUCAUGUGAUGGACACAAUAUAGCUACGGUCGCGUAUUUCUCAAAUAGGUCCUAUUUGUACGUUGCAUUUGGAAUAGGAAACCAGUCAUUAGAGGUUCGACCAUCAUCUGUUGUAUGCAAAUAUUCCAUGCAAGAUAUAAGAAGACAAUUUGAAAACUCAAUAAUUAUAUGCUAUAGCAAUAUUAAUAAAGACGGAUAUACCCCACCCCGAUGGUCUGACUGUUCUAGUGAAAGAAAAUGCGAUACACCUCAGUCGGUUUCAGCAGGCAAUAUUUGUAAUACCAGUGGUUUGUAUCGGCUUCAUGGAGUUGAAGCUACUGAAUCUGUAACACCGAAAUCUACUGUGGUUUUUAAGAUGGAUAAGGCCAUUGCAACAUCUUUACUUCCGCAGAAAUUGCAAGGUCAUGUUGAUGACAUUGUCUGGAUUGGAUCAAGUGAUGGAUUCCUUUACAAGGUUAACAGUCAGCCCUCCAACAGAUUUAUUGUAUAUGCAAAAUACGAUCUGACCAAAAAUAGAAAUGUCAGAAUCGAACCGGAUGUUGAGAUUGAUUCCAGAGCCCAAAUUGCUUACUUUUUAUAUGGAAAUAAGGUUUCGAUGUUCCCGCUUACCUCAUGCAGAAUUCACACCACCUGUGGUGCUUGUGUCUUAAAUAGAGAUCCUUUAGGUUGUGGUUGGUGUAAAGAUAAAUGCUUAAAAAGGGAGGAGUGUAGCUCAACUUGGUACAACGACAGCUGUCCACCAUUUAUACACAAGGUUAUUCCUCAUGAUGGGCCAACAGCAGGAGGAACGAUUAUAAAGAUUGUUGGAGAAAAUUUUGGGCAGACAAAUUAUUCAUCACCGAAGGUCACCAUUGGAUCAAUAGUCUGUGAAAAUAUUACGUGGAAUGAUACAAUUAUUUGGUGCACAUCGCCUCCUGUUGACAAAAUGUCGAACAGAGGACAAGUCGUUGUUGAGGCUGCACAACAAACAUCAACAUACGGCUAUAAAGUCUUCGGGAAGUCUGAGAAUGAUAGGCAUGAUUUCGCAUACAAGGUUCCUGAUGUAUAUUCGAUAAGUCCUACAUUUGGUCCACGGCAUGGAAAUACUUUUGUAACUAUCAGUGGGAAUAAUCUUGAUGUAGGAUCCAAUACAUAUGUUUCAAUGUGUAGACUGUUAAGCAAGAAUUCCACCUCCAUUAUUUGUAAGACAAUCGAGUGUGUAGAAAUACGUUCUGGUGACAAAGGUUUUCAACACUCCAAACCAUGUCCGUUUUGUCAUCAAUUUAAGCUGACUAUUGACAAUUUCCAGACAGAUGUAGUGAACGAAUCAUUCUGCUAUAGACCUGAUCCGGUCAUAAAGGACAUUUCAAGGGAAAAUACUAUAAUACGUGGUGGUCUGAACUUUAAAAUAGUUGGAUAUCACUUUGACUCCUUUUCCACUUACGUCCUUCGCACCAUAAUAAACUCUUCAGUAAGCCAAGACACGUUUUGUACACACCUCAAUGGAACUGAAAUCAUAUGCAAGACUCCAGACCUCACCAACACUUCGAUUAGAAGCUUUGUAGAAAUUAUUGUCCUCUUUGACGGCGAUGAUUUCUAUUGGAAGGACCAACAUCAUAAUGAACCAUUCUAUCUCAGAGUGUUUGAAGACCCUUUUAUUGAAACUCUUGAUAUAUCACUUUCAAGUGACGUUCUUCAAGAUAAACGAUUUCUUGAACUUAAGGGUAGCAAUCUACAAAGUUUAAAACCAGAAGACAUUCUUAUUACCUUGGAUGAGAUGGAUUGUCCAGUCAUUUAUAUAGACUCUUCAAUGUUACGAUGUGACCUUUCAGUAACGAUGGACAAAACAAAGACGAGUGUUACCAAUUUGUCCUUUGAUGUGGAAGUGUUGAUUGGAAACUUAAGGAUGUCUCUUGGACGCCUGUCAUUAAUUCACCAAGAAAGACUUAACUUAACUGGAAACAAGACACUGAUUCCAAGUGUCUUGAUACUGUUCUUCUUUGUUUUGCUUACGAUUGGUAUUAUAUGCAUGAAGAAAAAUCGGAUUGGUCCAUUCAAAAGGAGAAUUAUUCAUCAUGAGUCCUCCGUUGUUUUUCAUUCGGAUUCUGCUGGGCAGCAGAUUUCUAGGCGUCUGAUGCCUGACCCCGACCCGGAAAGCAGCACCAGUGCCAGACUUAACGAUUAUGUACGUGACUUUGACGGGAAUUUGCUAGAUCACGUGCCCUAUGGAGUGAAUCAGAGCGAUUUCGCUGACACUGUGCAUGUCCUUGAAAAACAAAACCUACUCAUUGACGGCGACUGUUUAAGAUUUGAUCGCAAUUGCUCUAACUUAGGAAGAGGAAAUUUUGGCUGUGUUUAUAAAGCCUUUUUAAAGAGACCUGGAGAAAACUUUGAAAUCGUUGUCGCUGUGAAAACAAUAAUAAGGUCAAACGAUGUAGAUGUGACGGCUUUCCUAAAUGAAGCUCUCAUCAUGAAGGAUUUUAACCACCCUAACGUACUCACACUCAUCGGAAUCACACUCGACAAGGGGGAAUUCCCAAUGGUCAUCCUGCCCUUCAUGCAGAAUGGUUCUUUGUUGUCCUAUAUUCGGAACGAGAAUAAUAUGCCGACGGUAAAACAUUUGGUCUCGUAUGGUCUUCACAUCGCGAGGGGUAUGGAGUACAUGGCAGAUAACAAAUUUGUACACAGAGAUCUGGCUGCAAGGAAUUGCAUGUUGGACGUAAAUUUUACAGUUAAGGUUGCAGACUUUGGUUUAACUAGAGACGUUUAUUCAAAGGAAUAUUACAGCAGUGAAAAUAAACAACGGCUCCCUGUAAAAUGGAUGGCCCCAGAAAGUCUUGAACAAGGAAAAUAUUCUGCCAAAUCGGACGUGUGGUCCUAUGGUGUUCUUCUGUGGGAACUAAUGACAAGAGGCGCAAUUCCAUACCCAGAGGUUGAUAACUGGGAUGUAGGUGCAUAUAUAAAAUCAGGACGUCGUCUUCCAAGGCCAGAGUACUGCCAACCGUACCUGUACCGGCUUAUGAGGUUUUGCUGGCAAGAGAAUCCGGAUAAACGACCUACAUUUAACCGUAUCAGAGAAGAAAUAGAAAGGAUGCUGAAUAUAAAAAAUGACAGCAAAAUGGCGGGAGACACGCAUGUUGAGCUGGAUAGAUGUACAAACUAUCAUUAUAUGGACGAAAUGAGUUUAGCCCGGCAAAGGAGUUUAAGCACUAAGUGGUCAACCUCCUCAGAAGAUGCUGCUUUGUUAUAAUCAAAUGGAUAUGGCCAACCCGAAACUGUUGUUUUAUUAUUACCAGGUCAAAGGUGUAUUUUUGGACAAUGGCUCUCUAAUUCUGGGGCAGUGUAUAUAAAAUACAGUGGGUAUAUUUUUAUGAAAGUAUGACUUUUACUUUUUUUGAUGAUUAUUGUUAAGGAUGUGUUUGAGUAUUCAUCAACUCUAAGUAUAAGCAAACAUUUUGUUUCUGUGGGUGUGACUUUCACAACAAAUCAUGAUUACCAAAUACAAAGACAAGUGAGCUGAACAUAAUGGAAUUAAAGGUGGCUCACUACACCGUGAAAUAUUUUCGCAGAUCAGCAGAAAUUUACUUGAUUAUGAUAGAUAUCAUAAUGGAUAAGAAGUAUUCAAGUCUAAUAGGCAAACAUAUGUGCAAUUUUGGAUGAAAAGUUACAUUUUCAAAAAUAAAAUGCAUGAACAUGAACAAAAACUCCAGGCGGAUUCGAACGCACGAUCUGCGGUUCAGAAGCCCAAUACUUUUUUUAUCUUUUAUUUAGCUCAAUACUUUAACCACUGAGCUACGAUGAUAUACAAUCCAAUUGAACGAUAUAAACAGUUUAACAAAACGAUUAAAUCACCAUCUUGUGACGAAGUAUCCUAAAAAGUAUAAGUGUAGAUGUAGUGAGGUACCUUAAUUAAAUUCGACUAUAAUUAAUCAUUCAUUCUUUAAGAAUUACUUCGUUUGAUUUAGGUCUUUUAAACCCUGAAAUGAUUAUACAUGUUAUUCCGAAUGAUUAGAGCGGAUGUUACAGGAAUUUGUAAUUGAUCAUCAAAGCGUUUGUACAUAAAAAAAUUAAAUAUAUUUUGGCGUUUUUUUGUUUGUUUGUGUUUUUUGUUGUGUUUUUUAAUAUUUCACAAACAUCAAUAUUUUGUAUGCAUGUAUAUAUUCAGAUGUUUUAUUCAUGGAAUCAAACAUCUUCAUCGUGGAGGAUUUAUGUUUGUUGUAAAUUGUGAAUAUUGUGUUCGCAACUAUGAUCUUUUAUGCCUUUUUAUCGAUUUUGUUUUUCAAUAAACGAUAAUAUUUUUG